AUGGAGGAGAAUAACCAAGGGGAGAAGAUAAACAAUUUAAACACACAGCUGUGUUUUGUAAAAAUGCUAGUAAAUAAUUUAGUUGCAGGUUCAGUAAUAGGUAAAAAUGGAUCGAUAAUUACAAGUAUAGAAAAUAAAACGGGAUGUAGUUUAAAAUUAUCUCCAACUAAUUCUUACUUUCCAAACACGCAAGAAAGGGUUCUAGUACUUUGUGGAAAACAGGAACAAAUAAAUAAUGCACUAUUAAUAAUAUUAGAUAAAAUUAGACAAAUAACAACUCAGAAUUAUCAAGAGAAACAAAAUAUGAAUAAUAACACUGCACCAAAAUAUACAUGUAGGAUUGUAGUACCAAAAUCAGCAGUCAGUGCAAUAAUUGGAAAAGGAGGGCAGCAAAUCAAACAAUUACAAGAUUCUACUGGGUCGAAAAUUCAAAUAUCAAGUCGUGAGGAUGGAUUAAAUGAAAGAAUUAUUUCAAUUAUUGGACCAUUUGAAUCAGUUAGUGAUACAGCUAUAAAAGUAGCAAAUUCUAUACAAAAUGAUCCUAAUUUAAAAGAUUUAUUAAAUGUUAUAUAUAAUAAAGAUGCUAAUUAUAAUUCUAGAAACUUAACACAUAAUUUUGUUAACCAAGUUCCUUUAAAUGGUUAUGUCAUGCCACAGCAAUAUGGAGUUUUUCAACAUGAACAAUAUAUGGAUGUUAAUAUGAUGAAUUCUCUUAUGAGACAUAGUCGUGAUUUGUUUAAUUUACCUUGUGAAAUUUCUAUACAAAUUCCAGAUGAAUUUAUUGGAUCUGUUAUAGGGAAAAAUGGUUCAAGAUUAACUAAUAUUAUGAACAGUACAGGUGCACAAAUAAGAAUAAGUAGAAAAGGGGAAUUAUUACCAGGAACUGCUGAUAGAAAAGUUCGAAUUAUGGGAACUGUUGCAGCUGUGCAUGCAGCACAUGUUUUGUUGUUACAAAGAUUAGAAUCUGUUUAUAUGCAGUUAAGAACUAUGCAAGUUAAAUGUGAUGCAUGA